UCAUUGAAACUAAAAAGACUCAGUGAGAAAUUCGUCAUAAGUUUUAUUUUUUACUUACUCCUGCCACAUAAAUUUCAAAUAAUUUUUCAUUAUGGCUGAAUAUGGCGAAGGGGGGAUGGCCCAGGUCACCAUGGAGUCCAUCAUCGACAACCUAUUCACCCGGUUGCGGCUCAUUGCCGUGGACGUGGAGAAGGUGCAGCGGGCCAAGGAGUUCCUGUCCAGCAUGCAGCGCCGCAGCACCUUCCUGCGGCUACUGGGUCCCGCGGACGAUGACAGCAUCAACCGGGAUAGCGACCUGGCCUUGUUGCACACCAAGUACUCGAUAAACUCAAAUUUGUUUGGGAUAACUGACGCCAUUGCCUUGGAAGAGGACUUCGCAGGCGAGGAAAUGAGUGAGGAUGUGUGCCAAAUGUCGUUUGAUGAGGAUCGCUGGCACAGCUUCUUUCAGGGAUUCGAGAUCCUGAAUAGCCCGAUACCCUGCGACCCCAACGAGAACCGCAAGUGCGUAGAGCUGUCUGUGCUGACGCCUUGCGAUCGCGAAAUCAAGGCCUAUUUGAUUAAUGGCGUUCGCUGCUUUAUGUUAAAUCUUUUCGAGGGCACUCAGCGGGACAACCAGAUGCUGAUCGUAAAGCUUCGCGAGGCGGAGAUUUGUGUGUCCAAGGAGUUUGGCUUCCCGGUGGCGUCCACCAUUGUAGCAAAAAUGACGCCCCGGCACCAGUACACGGGCUCCUUCAGUGCCCAGUAUCGGCACGACGGCAUCACGUCCGUGGAACUGCCCAAGAACCACAAGGUCCACCUGUCCGUGGACCGGGAAUACUCCGAUCGGUCCACCAUAGACACAAUUUAUGUAAAUGGCCGAUUCCUGCUGGUGGACGUGCAGAAAUAUGACUUUAUUCUGAUCGGCGAUAAUAUCCAGCUGGUGGUCAAGGAAGUGCACGCAGAUAGCCUCGAAUGUUGCGUCGUCAAAGGCGGUACACUGACUGCCCACAUGCCAGUUCUUUUCCCGGCUAGAUGCCGACGCUUUAGGGUCUCGUACGAGGAGCUCGAGGAUCUGACAUUCGCUCGCGAGGUGGGCAUAAAUGUGGUGAUUUCCCAUAUCAUUGGCACUCCGGCGUACAUGAAAAAUCUGGAGGAAGCGAUGAUCACCAUGCACUGCGACGGCAUGCGGCUUUUUGCCCGGGUGGUGCUCAACGAGAUUCAGGGCUGCGAUGGAGAGCUCAAUUGGGCCACCCAACAAUACGAUGGUUUUUUGGUGGAGCUCGCCUUGCCGGAGAAAACGCCGGACAUAAUGCACCUGUGUCCCAAUGCCGAGUGUUUCAUGCAACUGGCGUACGAGAGCAAAAAGCCGAUCCUCUUCAACCCGGCUUACAUAGAUCAGCAAAUACUUCGAGUGGAUCCGGAGCACUACUACUACACGUUCUACUAUCCCGAUAAGUACGUCGUGCCCUGCUUUCAUCCCAGCCCCACCCGAUACUUCAGCUUCCUGCAGAACGCCAUCUUCGAGCAGAUUAGUCCACAGGCGCUGGGAAAGGCCCCCUACUGCGAUCGAUCCCAUACAGGAGCGGAUUCCUUAGCGAGGGCCGUGGUUACGGCCGCCAUGGAGGCCCAAGCAGCGGCGAUUAUCGUGAUCGGGGUGACCACCAGAAUGGUCCAAAAGAUCUCACACUUUCGGCCGCAUGCCCCCAUCCUGUUCGUCAGCCACAUGCGCUCCGCCGAGGACUAUGUGUCGGCCUUCUACAAUGUUACCAUGCUCUCCUUCCGCACCAAAAACUUCAUCACUCAUCAGAGAAACAUCUUCCGGAAGGCCAUCUACGGCCUGGCCUAUCUUCUGAUGCGGAAAGUAGUCAAGCACAACGACCAUGUCGUCCUGGUAUACAACUUCGAAGAGCACACCACCUUUCCCGAAAAGUAUGUCAUUUACAAAAUGGACAAGAACUUCUUUCCCACGCACAUGGCAGAAACGCUCUUCCCUAUGGACCGGGACCAGAAAAAGGACUCCCUCAAGGACAUAGAGCCUUUCAAAGAUAGUUAUUUUGCUAAAUAAUUUAUUUGGUGUUUGGUGGAUAAUCGGAAUGUUAAUGUGUUGCUUAGAAUAUACGAAAACAGAUACAGAUAAAUACAUGUGGGGAUAGUAGAUACAUA